CCAUAAUGCUAUCACUCACCCAAUCCAAUGGCUCAAAUUCUCCACCAACCAAUCCCUUCUACUUGAGGCCAUUGGAUUUCAAUCCAUCCCACUGUACCAUUAUAUAAACAGAGUUAGAGAGGCAGCUUUUCAUUUCAAGCAAGUUAGAAAAACAAAAGAGGAAAACAUGGCUUCCUCCAUGAUCUCCGCCCCUGCUUUCACCGCGGUUAACCGUGCCUCACCGGCACAGGCUAACAUGGUGGCUCCAUUCAGUGGCCUGAAAUCCUUGGGUGGCUUCCCGGUCACCAGAAAGACCAACGACAUCACCUCCGUCGCUAACAACGGUGGAAGAGUCCAAUGCAUGCAGGUAUGGCCACCACUUGGGAAGAAGAAGUUCGAGACUCUUUCAUACUUGCCAGACCUGAACGAAGAGCAAUUGAGAAAGGAAGUAGACUACCUUCUAAGGAAGGGAUGGGUUCCGUGCUUGGAAUUCGAAGUCGGGUACGGAUUUCCAUACCGUGAGAACCACAGGUCACCGGGAUACUAUGACGGAAGGUACUGGACAAUGUGGAAGCUUCCCAUGUUUGGAUGCACCGACUCAGGUCAGGUCAUCAAGGAACUUCAGGAGGCUAAGGCUGCAUACCCCAAGGCAUUCGUCCGUAUCAUCGGUUUCGACAACGUUCGCCAAGUGCAGUGCAUCAGCUUCAUCGCUUACAAGCCCGAGGGCUACUAAAUCUUAUAAAACCAACGAAUCAUUCGUAGACUUCUCUUUUGUGUGUACUCAAACCAUUGUAACAGCCUUUUUUUUACUUGUUCUUUAUUUUUCGCUUUUGUGCGAUUUCAUCCUAAGUAUUUUUGGUUUCUGUUUUCGGAUUACCAUAUAAAAGGAUGAGAACUGUUGAAUAAUAAACUAUUAUCUUUUGUGAAAA